CAUGUCUCCAAACUCCUCCUGCAGUCGUUGAGGAUAAACAAACUUUGGUCGCGCGAGUAAAAUCACUCAGUCUACGCGUUGCUACCAACGCGGGGUCGCUAAAUUCUGUCACCAUCGUCAUCUGCGCGGAGCUCACUCCUACCGCCACCGAGCACCCUAGACAGCUCACGGCGGUACCUCGCUGCCUACUAUCUACUUCCUAAUUCCCUACGCCCUCCCACCCUGUCUUUCCUCCUAGACUACCUGCUGCGUUCAGCAUCCCCACGAUGCCGCAUAUACCUGGAGUAUCGCAUCGGCGAAGAGCCUCACUGACAAGCAGCCGAGCAUCAUCCAUCGACGAGACAAGACAUGGCGACGAAGUUAGCAAGGAAGAUGAGACGGUCAUGGACUCAGAGCAGGGCAACAUGCUCAUGCACAUCAUAUCACAACUGCGGCCAGGCGCCGACCUAAGCCGAGUCACGCUGCCUACCUUCAUCCUCGAGCCACGAUCCAUGCUGGAACGUAUAACAAACUUCAUGGCGCAUCCUGAGACUAUGCUUCCCAUUCCGACAAUCGAAGACCCCAUACAGCGAUUCGUAGCCGUAACCAAGUUCUACCUAAGUGGAUGGCAUAUUAAACCUCCGGGCGUGAAGAAGCCACUCAACCCAAUCCUCGGCGAGAUCUUCACGAGCUACUGGGACUAUCCAGACGGCACCAAAGGAUACUACAUUUCCGAACAAACUUCGCAUCACCCGCCCAAGUCGAGCUACUUCUUUAUGGCACCCGAACACAAUAUCCGAAUAGACGGCACGCUGAAGCCAAGGAGCAAAUUCUUGGGCAACUCUGCAGCGAGUAUGAUGGAGGGUAUAGCGGUGCUACGACUGUUAAACACUGGAGAGCGCUUUUUCGUCACCCAACCGAACAUGUACGCGAGAGGCAUCCUCUUCGGCGCCAUGAAGUACGAACUUGGCGACCAUGCCUACGUCCGUUGUCCCGAGACUGGACUCGUUGCCGAUAUGGAGUUCAAGACCAAAGGCUACUUCAGCGGAACAUAUGAUGCGAUUGGCGGCUAUAUCAAAGAUGCGCAGGGCAAAAACCUCUAUGAGUUCUCAGGCUUCUGGAACGAUAAAAUGUACAUCAAAGAUUUAACGACUGGCAAGAAGGAACUCCUCUUCGACGCGGGACACAGCAAACAUACACCACCGACAGCCCGCCCAUUAGAAGAACAAGAAGAACGGGAAUCUCAACGACUCUGGCGCGACGUAACUGAAGCUGUCAAGCGAAGAGACCAGGAUGUGGCCACGGAUGCAAAGGCAAAAAUCGAAGACAUGCAGCGAGAAGAGGCGGCGAAGAGGAACAACGAAGGCAUUGACUGGCACCCACAACUCUUCCGGCGAGUACAAGGUGGUCAUGGCGGAUCAGAAGAAGGCGAAGAAGACCUGGAUUGGAUCAUUAACGCCAAAGUCGAUGGCAAAACUCCAGAAGAGCGGAUCAAGCAGAUUCUACAGAUACAUGCUAUACUGCCCGGUCAAAAGCCGGAUAGACAGUUCAACAUCCCCACUAGGACGGGUAGUAUCCAGCCAACUCACACACAACAUCCUGCACAGUCGAAGGCGCCUGCGCAACCCGCUCAGCCCGUACCAUCUGAACCACAACCUCUCCCGCAACACCAAGAGCAAGUCAUCAGCGGACUCAACAACCUCAAUCUCGAUGGACCAACAGCACCACGAAACUCUCUCCCUAAGGACAUCCACGCAAACAACUCAUCAUCACUAAACCACCCCGUCCUACCAAGCCAAAAGCCUAAGUCCCCAGGAGGAGACAUCACACCGGAGACAAAGGCGCAGAUUGCGCGGGAACUACCCCCGAGCAAGCUGCUGCAUUCGAAUCCAGCUCCCGAGCCGAAGGACCCUAAUUUACUAACGAGGAAGGAUAGUGAGACACAUGAGGAGCAGGAGUUUGUUGAUGCACAAUCGUAGGUUUCCUUGCUACGAAUUACUCAUACACAUUUGUUCUAUUCUUUGCGCAUGGUGUCGUAAAGUUUGGGCUAUGAGGAACUUUGUGUUUUAUCCGACCAGGCAUAUGAUGAGGCUGUCGUCUCAAGAGAUCGAGCAGUGGGUACUUUCCAACCUGCAUCCCGCUUCGAGGUUGCGUAACAGCUACAAGAGAAAUAAUCCGGCUU